AUGUAUCUAAUCCGACGAUAUUCGGAAUUAUUAAUAGAGCAUCCAGUGAAAACAAAAUCGAUAUCCUGUGGUGUUAUCACUUGUUUAGGAGAUGCCAUUACUCAAAACCUGAUUGUGCAUAAUUCAUCAUCCAAAAACGAUGCAACACAACAUUCCCUCAUUCGGUCUCUAAAGAUGUUUGCCUAUGGAACUAUUGUCUUGGGACCAAUUUUGCACAAUUGGUUUCGUAUUAUGGAACAUGCUUUCCCGUUUCAAGCAACCAUGACAGCCAAAGAACGAGCUCACACUGUUCUCAAGAGAGUGGUGACUGAAGCUUUUUCAUACUCACCUGCAAUUAUUUCAACGUUUUAUCUCGUAAAUACGACUGUGGAUUAUUACAUGCCAGAUUCUAAAACACCGUCUUAUUUUGAUGAGUUCCGAAAGAAUGGAAUGUCCUUGUGGCAAGUGUUAACAUUUAAAUUUCAAAAAGAUUUUCUGGCCUCCUACAGUGUUAGCUUGAAAAUGUGGCCUUUUGCUCAAGCUAUUAAUUAUUAUUUAAUACCUCCUAUUUAUCGAGUUUUAUUUGUAAAUACAGUAGCACUUGGAUGGAAUGCUUUUUUGUGUAAGAGACAACAACAAUAA